ACCUACGUGGGUAGGUAUCAUAACAUUGUGUAUGUGUAUUGUCGCAUGUCUCAUGUUUAUUUACAAAAAUUCAAAUUGGAAAUUAUUGAAUGAAAAGUCCAUGACUAAGGUUUCUACAUAGAUGUUAUAGACAUUGUGGGUGUUUUUCUGUGUUUAAUUGGACAGCCAGGGUUUUGUGUAAUUUAUUGACUCGUGCGAAAUAGAAUAUUUUGUGAAAAUGACCGCGUCUACAAUGAUCGAGUUAGAGUCCUGGAUAAUCUACCAAUGUGUCCUGAAUGAAUGCCAUGUAUCCAGUUCAAUGGACGGCGGCGCAUGGUGCGCGCGCGACAUCUCACUACGCGCACAGAAGAAGUUCCUUUCGCGCGUGGGCGGCGCCGCUAGUGCGCGCGCGCUAGUGCUCGAUGAACAUGCCGCGAAACUGCUUGAUCAGUUUUUGAGCGUGCUUCGCGAGCGCGUGGACAAGCGGGAAGCAGAGAAGCUGGUGAAGCACGUGAUCAAGGCGGCAGUUAAAAUUGGCGUGCUGCGUCGUCACGGGCAGCUCUCCGCCGCUGACGAGAGGGCUCUUGCUGCUUUCAGGUCUAAGUUCCAUACGGUGCUGAUGGCCGUGGUAUCUUUCUGCGAGGUCGAGUUUUCGUAUGAUCGUGGGUUCUUGCAAGAUGCUUUGCGCGAUUCGCACCAGUCGCUCAAAUCGGUGGUAGAAAGGCAUCUUUCCGACAAAUCGGUGUCCCGCCUAGCCGGAGUGUUCGCUAUUGCCUCACGGGGAGAGCUCCUCGACUCACUAUUCGCCGGACAAGUCGAUGAAGAGGUCCUCAAGUUAUCACGGAUGCUUCGCAAGGAGCUCGAUCGCGGUCUUCUCUAAUCCAACCAGCGAAAACUGUAUGUGCCGUCCUUACACUAUCAAAGCUGUCUGUACCAUCUCUAUUAUGGAGGAUUGUAAGACAUUUGACGUUGCAGCGAGCGGUUGAAUAGAUGUGUGGUUUGGCUUUUGACAUACUUACACUAUUCUUGGUAAACUUUCUUCAGUAACUACUGUAAAGUUUAUACGACUUGAUAUACACAAUAAGCCGAUCGAAAUAUCUUUCACUGAAAACAUUCAAAUUCUAUCUGUCUUCAAAACUUGUUAGCGAAUGGGGUUCGAUGGAAUGUACGUAAUCUGUAAAUAUAUUUUGUCGAAUGAACUUGGGGCUUAAUUUGAAAGGGACUACGUCAGUAUGUCAGGGAUAUUAAAUGUUGGAUCAGUAAGGUUUCAACUAUGGGAUCACUUUCAACAAUAUCGUUAUCUCCACAAAUGGAGAUUUGAUUUCAUUCGUAAGUCUUUUUCAAUGAAAUUACUCGUAGGUAGAUGUACUUUUUGCACUGUUAAUCGAAAUUCGAUUGUAUGCCUUGCACAUAUCCUCAAAUAUCUUCUUUAUUAUGUGUUUUUUGCCAUUUCGUAAUGUGGCUGACGAAAGUUUAAAAUAUUUAAUAUAUAUACAUAUGUAUAUAUACAAGAGCAUAAACUCUACAAAAUAAGAACAUUUUUGCCAUAA